AUGUGGGUCCAGGAGGGGAACGAUGAGGAGGCCCGGUCACAAACGAAAACCCGGAAAGUCCAGGGCGUCUGGGGAGCCGGUUUGCAGAUACCUAGAGCAGCAGAGAACCUCCAGCAUCUGCUGACCAGUGGUCCAGAGAUUUUAGAUGUAAAAGUGCCACUAAAAAGCGUAAUUAAAUCCCAAGAUAGCGUAUUUUCCAAAUGA